AUGAUAAUCUCCUUCGGCGUCUUCCAAAGCUACUACGUAACCACGCUCCACCAAACCCGCUCCACAAUCGCCUGGAUAGGCUCCCUCGCCGUCUUCCUCCUCUUCUUCACCGGCAUCAUAAGCGGGCGCCUCACAGACGCCGGGUUUUACCGCUCCGUAACCUUCACAGGCGCUUUCCUCGUCGUCCUCGGCACAUUCAUGACAUCCCUGUCCGAGACGUACUGGCAAGUACUCCUCGCACAGGGCGCCUUCCUGGGCGUGUUCUUCCCGUUUUUCUUCCUCAGCUCGUACGCGCGCGAGAAGCGGGGGAUGUCAUACACCGAAUCCCUCAACCUCACCUUGGUUCUCAAUGGCAUCGGCUUCGCAGGUCGACUGCUACCCAGCCUGAUCGCCCGAUACUGCGGCACGAUGAAUGUCUACAUCACAUUCAUCUUCUGCUCUGCACUCUGCAUGUAUACCUGGGUCCCGGUACACUCCACGCCCGGGCUUUACGUUUGGACGACUUUCUACAGUCUUUCUGUGGGUGGAGUUCAGUCACUCUCCCUGGCCAUCGUCCCUAUCAUCAUCUCGGAUACAUCGAAGAUGGGAGCUUCGUUUGGCAUUGUGUUCGCGGCUAUUGGAGUUGGCGCAUUGAUAGGCUCGCCUGUCUGUGGUGCUAUCAUCACGUCGAGUGGAGGCUCGUAUACCGGUGCGCAAGCCUUCUCGGGGAGUGUGUUGGUUGCUGGAGGACUGAUCAUACUGGCUGCGCGCGAAGCGAAGAGGAGGCAGAAACAGGAAGACGUCUGGGUGAAGAUGUGA